CCCCGAACCCAACCCUUUAUUAAAGCACGCCCACCUCCCUUUUUUCAAACCCAAAAUACCACGGGCUCUCGUCUCUUUCUCUUCAUCUCUCGCCAAAAAUCAAAUCGUAUCGAAGCGCAGAGAGAGAAGGAAGAGAGUGGAAAUUUUACAGAGCCAGCGAGAGAUCUCGAGACUGGUUCGAUGGCCGCGAGCAAGAGCUACUUCGCCAACCGGGCGAACUACCGCUUCUUCUCCAACGAGCCGGCCACCGCCGCCGCGGCCGCCGCCCACGACACCGGCGCAUUCGAGUUCGACGAGUCCGACGUCAUCUACAGCUCCCCGCCGGAGGUCCGCAGGCCCGCCUGGGGCUCCUCCGACUCAUCCUCCCGCGCCUCCGCCAAGAAGUCGUCCGCGUCCUCCGCGGCCGCCAGGCGGGCGGACGGCGGCGACCGGCGCGGCUCGACGCCGUCGUCGCUGCCGGUCAACAUCCCGGACUGGUCGAAGAUCCUGAGGGGGGAGUACCGGGAGAACCGCCGGCGGGACAGCCUCGGGGACACCUGCUACUCCGACGACGACGAGGACGCGUGCGGGGGAGGGGAGGACGGGGGCCGGGUGCCGCCGCACGAGUUCCUGGCGAGGCAGAUGGCGAGGACGAGGAUCGCGUCGUCGGUGCACGAGGGGGUCGGGAGGACCCUGAAGGGGAGGGAUCUGAGCAGGGUCCGGAACGCAAUUUGGGAAAAGACGGGGUUCGAGGACUGAGCAGAGGAGACGGAGGAGGAAGGCGCGAGCUCCAAGUUUUCGCUGUUUUCUGAGUAACUGCGGAGGAAUUUAUUACAGAAUAUUCGUUUUAGGUAAAAUGAAGAAAUUUGUGAUCGGAUGGCGCCACAUUUUUGUUUUUUUUUUUUGGUCUUUCUUGAUAACUUCUUCGAGGGGGUUUCCUACUUUUAACCCCAAAUUUUGGUUUUUUUUUUUUUUUUUGCUUCUCUUUUUCUGUGCUCUUGACUCUUGAGGUGGCUUUUCUUUUGGUAUUGGAAUGAUAUUUCUAUGAUAUAAAAUGUCCUUCUUUUUCCAA